AUGGACUUGUUCUGGCUUCUCACCUGCUUCACCUUCAUCGGGACCUCCUAUGGCUCUGGGGCCCCUGCCAGUGACCCGGAGCUGAGCAUUUCACCCAGGAUCAUCAAUGGGACAGACGCUCGUCCUGGCUCUUCCCCCUGGCAUGUGUCUCUGGAGAUUGUUAUGCACCCCGAGUACCACUUCAGCACUUUCUAUGGUGAUAUCGCUCUGCUGAAGCUCUCAACCCCUGCCGACUUCCACCGCAUGGUGUCCCCCAUUACCCUGCCGCAUGCUCACGACAUGUUUUCUGUCAGUUCCCAGUGCAAAAUUAUGGGCUGGGGACUUACCCACCCUAACGACAACAAGAAACCUGACAGGCUGCAGGAGGCCUCCGUGACACUCCUGACCUUUGAGGAGUGCAAGAAGUACUGGGGCUCCCAGUUCACCCAGGACAUGAUCUGCUUCAGCGGCAAUGGCGCCUGCUCCUACCUCGUACGCUCUGGGGCCCCUGCCAGUGACCCGGAGCUGAGCAUUUCACCCAGGAUCAUCAACGGGAAGGACGCUGGCUCCUCUCCCUGGCACGUGACCGUGGAGGACUCCUCUGGAAGGCUCAUCUGUGGGGGCUCCCUGAUCAACCGGAAAUGGGUGAUCACCGCUGCAUACUGCAACAUCAGGAUCUACGACUGGGUUGUGGCUGGGCAGCAUGACCGACGCAACUAUGGCAACAAAGUCCAGUACGUCCAGAUCAGCAAGGUCUUUAGGUACCCCGAGUUCAACAUCAGCACUUUCUAUGGUAACUUCGCCCUGCUAAGGCUCAUGACCCAGGUUAAUUUGCAGCGCACGGUGUCCCCCAUUGCUCUGCCCAGUGCUGGCGACACGUUCUCUGUUGGUGCCCAGUGCAAAAUUAUGGGCUGGGGGCGCACCCGCCUGGAAGGCAGAAGGAGGCCUGACAAGCUGCAGGAGGCCACCGUGCCCAUCCUGGAUAACGCGGAGUGCCUGAGGUUCUGGGGCAGCCAGAUGACCAGCGACAUGGUCUGUGUGGGGGCCAACGGCGUCGCCAGCUGGAAAGGUGAUGUUGGUGGACCCCUGGUCUGCAAGAAGAAUGAUGACUGGAUCCUGGUGGGCAUCAUGACCUAUAUCUUUUCUCCAUCCCCCCUCUACACUCCUAUGGUGGCCAUCAAUGUAUCGCAUUACAAACAAUGGAUUGAUAAUACUGUAGCUCAGAACUGA